GAGAUCCCUGCCAACCUGUGGCCUGCCUAGGCCAGUGUAGAUGAGAAUAUACCAGGAGAUGCAAUGGGAUGGUGGUUUAGUUCCCGUUGUCCUCACUUUUCUUUUCAGAUGUGUUAUUGCCAGCUUUCCCUAUACAUACAGACUGAUGACCGCUAUUGGCUGCAGAACACAGGCUACCAAAGAGAAUACAGAAACGGCUUAGGAAAAGGUGAUCUAAAUCCACCUUCAGUAAUAAAGCACAUGUGAAUGAAGACUCCCACGUGCUAGUUGAAACAAUGACUUCAAAAUCAACAGUUCACAUCAUAGUGUGCUUUCUUCAGCUCUGCAUUGUGAAGGGGCAGAUCAUAUGUGAGAGGCAAAUAAUUGCUGAAUGGCGAGUGGAACCAGCACACGUUGUAAUGGAGUGGACACUAAGGAAAAAUAUAUGCACAGACUUUUACUCAGAAUGCUGGAAUGUGAAUAAAAACUCUACUAGGGAAGACAAAAAUCUCAGUGUCCCUCAGAUAUGCCCUGUACAGCUUCAAUUGGGCGAUAGUCUCUUCAUCUCUUCUGAUCCAUCAUUUCAGUCCUAUGGUAUGAAUUUGAUAAAUGUCUCCAAGGAAGACUUUAUUAAUUGCCCCAAAAGUGGCUUUCUUCAAGAGCAGCAGAUUUUUGUUUGCCAGAUAAGAGGACUGCACCAAGUUGACCCUACCUGGCUUAGUGUUGGAACUCAUUACUUUGUAGAACUACAUAAGAGAGGCCCACAUCUGUGCAACAUGGGCCUUCGUCUGAACAUAACUGUGAAGCAGCAGUUUUGUCAAGAGACUCCAAAUUCACCAUUGUGCUCUAAGCAUGGAAGAUGUUUAAGCCAUGUUUGGGAAAAACAGUAUAGUUGCCAUUGCUUCUCAGAGUACUCUGGAAAAUUCUGCCAGAAGUUUAAUGCGUGCUCCACUAAACCUUGCCAUAACAAUGCCUCUUGUACCGAGAAAUCAGAAGGCACCAGACAUUCAUAUGAGUGCACUUGUCCUCCAGAGUUUUCAGGUAAAAAUUGUACAGAAAUCGUUGGACAAUGCCAACCACAUACAUGUUUCAAUGGUAACUGCAGCAAUGUAACUCCAAACACCUUUCUUUGUGAAUGUGACAAGGGCUUUACAGGCCCUUUUUGUGAGGAACCUGGUGAUCCUUGUGCAUCUCAGCCAUGCCUGAACAGGGGCGUAUGCCAGUAUUAUCAGUCUGGAUAUAUUUGUGAUUGUCCAGCAGGCUUUCUUGGUCACAAUUGUGAAAUCGAUAUCAAUGAGUGUUCUUCAAGGCCAUGUCAAAACAGAGGUACAUGUAUUGAUUUGCCAAAUUAUGAAAAUGCCUGUAAAGGUCAUUAUACUGUAGAGAAAAAUAAGAAUGAGAGUAUUAGCUCCAAUAAAUAUUUUGUUGUAAUAUAA